AUGGUUGCCGCAAAAGUUGGAGCCAUCCCAAUCGAGGAGCUCAUCAAGAAGCACGCCGACGUGGAUCCGUUUCUCAUCAAGAAAUGGGAGAGGAUCUUUUCGCUCUUUUUCGGUUCGUUUUUUUGUGAGAAAAUUUCGAACGAAUGAGGGAAUUUUGCAGAUCGAAAUGCGUCUCAUCAAGUGGAUUGGGGAGAUUUCUACCUGGUUGUCAAGGUUUGUCUGUUUCAUUGACCUUUUCAAACUGUGCAUCAUAACGCUUUCUAUUAUGGCUACGGGAAAGACAAUUUUUCAACAAGAUAACGAAUUGAGGAUAUCCAUUUUUUGUAUAGAAGUUAAAGUGGUGAAACCGAAAAGUUUAGAGCCAAAAGGAUCAUUGAUUGUUUGCAGAAAGUGCGUGACAUCUACGGCGCCGAGUCGGUCCAGACCGAUUUCGCGAAAAAAUCCCUGGCCGCUCUCUGGGAGGGUCUUUGCUCGAUCGCCGAUUCGGACAAAGAUCAGCUGAUUUCGAUUGACGAGUGGAUCGGAUUGCUCAAAAAGACGAACGCUCAAAGCGAGCCGAAAUGGUUCAAGGACUAUCAGAACUUUAUGUUCAAACUCUUCGACGUCUCCUGCGACGGCGUCAUGGAUCUGGCCGAGUACACCGACGGAAUGAACACCUACGGAUUCGAUAAGUUCGAGUGUGAUGCCGCGUUCAAAAAGUUUUCUGUGGUUAGUCAGUUUUGGGUUGAAACUGAAACAGAUAUCAUCGUUUUCUAGGACAAGAAGGGUCAGUACGUGGCGCAAAUGAAGCCGGACACGUGGAAUACGUACUUUCAUCAACUCUUCUACUCGACCAACAAAUCCGACCUCGGAAAUCAUCUGUUCGGCAUCGUUGACUUCUAA